AUGAGUAAUAUGGACGAAAUUGAAGAAGAAGCGAAAGCAGCAGCCGAAAAAAUGGUCAUGAAUAUGAUGCAGAGACCAGGGCAACUUGAAAAGGUGGAACAGUACAAAAAGAGAAUAACUCACAAGAAAGCCUCUAUAGAAGCUCAACUUAAAUCUGCAGUUCAAGGUAAAUUGGAUGGAGUCAGUGUUGGCCUCAAACAGUUGCAGGAAUGUUUAGAAGAUGUACAACAAGUGAGCUUAAAAAUGGAUGAAUUGGAAGAACUAUUGAAAAGUGUUCCACCUCUGGUAGCAUCUUUGCAAGCGGUGAGGGAAGAAGAUUCUCGGCAUUCUCAGUAUGUCACAGCAAUGGACAGUCUCAAACAUAUUUUCACAGUACCAGAAAGUGUGGCUAAAACUAAGCAAUGGAUAGGAGAAGGCAAAUUACUUCAUGCCCAUCAAUGUCUGAAUGAUUUAGAAAAUUCAAGAGAUGACUUAUUAUAUGAGUUACACAGACUGCCCAACCAAUCUUCUCAUGAUAAAAUUAUGCUGAAGGCUUAUUUCGAAGAUGUAGAAAUGGUGUCUAAUCUUCUGGAGAAACAAAUCAAACUUAUUCUGGCAAGAACAUUAAACACUGUCCGCAAAGAACCUACUGUUAUAGUCACGGCUCUAAGAGUCAUAGAAAGGGAAGAAAAAAGGGAUCAAAUGGCAAUGCAGCAACAAAUACAAACUGGUUUCAUGCCACCCGGUCGUCCUAAAAAUUGGCGCGCUAAAGCUUUUGAGGUGCUUGAAUGUGCAGUCGCGCAACGCAUAGAGGGCACUCGUGUUGAUGAGCGUGAAGAUAACAAGUUGUGGCUUGUGCGAUACUUGGAACUUACGAGACAACUUAUUUUAGAGGAUUUACGAGUUGUCAAGACCCUGUGUGUACCAUGUUUCCCACCCCACUAUGAUAUUGUUAACAAAUAUGUCAAUAUGUACCAUAUCUGUUUAUCUACAAGUCUGCAAGAUGUAGUGAAUAACCAUAUAGAAGGUAAUGAAUAUGUUACAUUAUUAUCUUGGAUUCUAAAUACUUACCCAGGUCAUGAGUUGAUGGCCAGCAAAGAGUUGAACAUUGAUGUCUCAACUUUACCCCCACUGCUCAGUAACGAAGUUAUGCAAAAACUGCAAGAUGAAUACCUACAGAAAAUGGAAUCGAAUUAUAUGGAAUGGAUGGAGAAGACGCUGGAGUCAGAGCGGGCCGAGUGGGCGGGGCAGCGCGCACCCGACGUGGAGCCGCACUCCAACGCGUACCACACGCACGCGCCCGUCAUUAUAUUCCAAAUGAUCGACCAAAACUUACAGGUCACUGAAACUAUAAGUAAAGAAAUAACAUUUAAGGCGUUGCUGCUUAGUAUCGAACAGGUGAACCGCUACGGGAAUAUGUAUAGAGAAGGAGUAAUACAAUUUAAAAACGCUCACUUCGCCGACCGAUCGCGCGUGGCUUACUUCACGCACCAUAUGAUCACGAUAGUGAACAACAGCGAGCAGAUGGUACGCCUCGCUCAACAGACGCAGACCCGGCACUGGCCGCCCGCGCGACACGACCCGCCCGCUGAAGCCAAGUUCGAUAAGAUGCUUAAUACUUUCCAGAGUUUACGAGACGAAGCCGCCCGAUUUCUCCUUGAAGAAGCAUUCUUGGAUCUAGAAAUUCAUUUCGAAGACCUCUUUACAUCAAAGUGGCUGCCUUCAACUAUACCGGUCGAUACCAUAUGUAUAACACUUGACGAUUACUUCCAAGAUUAUAAUCAUUUGAGGGAUAAAAAUUUCGAGUAUGUAAUAAAUGAAGCUCAAAACUUGGUUUACAAGAAGUACAUUACGGCAAUGUUGUCAAAGAAGGUGGCUUUUAAGAACGUGGAAGAAGCCCAGCAAGCUGCCACUAAAAUUGUGAAAGAGGCGAACCAAAUAAGAUCAUUUUUCAGAAAAAUUGCGCCCCCAGGUGUCAAUGUAGAUUGGCCGUUCGAAGUCAUCAAUACAUUAGCGGAGGUGUUGCGGUGCCAGGACAUCGAGAUGCUGUCCCUGGACCUGCACAGCGUGGUGGCGAAGUGCCCGGACAUGAGCGAGGAGCAGCUGUGGCGGCUGGUGUGGCUGCGCGGGGACGUGGCGCGCGCGCGCCUGCGCGACACCGUGGCCAUCGCGCUCGCCUCGCGCCCCCCGCCCCGCGCCAACUCGCACCCCUCGCUCUUCAAGCACAUCACCUUUAGUGAUCGCCUUCUUGCACACUUCAAUUUGUAA